AUGAACACAACAACGAACGGAUCAAGCCUCUGCUUCACGCUUAUUAAUAAUCCUGCAGCGGCAAAAAUGGGUGAAACCGUCUUUUGGAGUGUAAUCCUCAUUGUUUCGCUGGUUGGAAACUCUUUGAUCGCAAUACUCGUUUAUAAAACAGCGACCUUGAGAAAACCCAUAAAUUAUUUGAUCGUAAACAUGGCCAUGUCUGACUUUCUCUUUCCAGUAGUACUGUUCUCCUCACGUCUGGCAGAGUUCCAUUCGUUUUUUAUUGGUGGUUCUGUUGACCAGGCUAUAUGUAAGGUUGUACUUCUGUUAUCAUAUGUUUCCUUCAGUGUGUCGAUGCAGAGCCUUGUUCUGAUCGCAGUGGAUCGAUUUGUAGCUGUGACAUUUCCUCUUCGUUCUCCAUUAAUCAGUCGUAAGGUGUCUUCCUUUCUUAUUCCAGCCACUUGGAUCGUUGCUAUGGCCGUUUAUUCACCAAAUAUACUCGCCUUAAAACACCCAGGAGGAAGGCAAUGUGAAAAUCAUUUGGGAAAGAACCAUUCUCUAGCUGUAUACAUAGUGUUUCAUUACAUCCCUCUUGGUCUGUUAGUCACCUUCUACACUAUCAUCCUCAUCAAACUCAAGAAACAGUCUCUUCCAGGUGAACUCUCAACAAUCGCCGAACAACAGCGCACAAGAAGAAACAGGAAUGUGCUGAAGAUGGCCGUUGCAAUAGUGACAGCCUUUUUACUUUGUUGGAUUCCUUACAAUGUUGGUCAUUUAAUGCAGAUUUUUGCGUCGGGUCUCGCGACGUCUUGUAUUUUCAAAUUAUUCCAUUACGUUGCUUACUUUUUGAUGUGCAUAAACUCUGCCCUAAACCCUGUUAUUUGUGUUACUUUUAGUAGUAAUUAUCGUCAAGGUCUUAAGAGACUUCUGAAAUGUUUUGGUACAGUGCUGGACUGA